AUGUCUACAGCACGGAUGGCGACACCUGGUUUUAAGGUCGCCAAGAAAUGUUCUGUCGAUCAUGGAUCCAACCCUUCGAACCCAUUUGAUUCAGGGUCUGAUUCUGAAGAAGAAACUACGCUUUCAAAGAUUUCCUCUCCCCCAGUAAACAGUCAAGCAAAAUACAAGAUCUGCCCAGUUAGCUAUGAUAAAGAUGAUGGAAGAGGGGCUUCAUCAUCUUCUUCUGUAUAUCCAGGCUUCUCAGCAACUCGAAGCCAUUACGAAAACGAUUUUCGCGAUUCUGGAGGAUUUGAGAACCAGAGUGUGCAGGAACUAGAAGAGUAUACAGUUUACAAGGCCGAGAAGACCACAGAGAAAAUAAACAGCUGCUUAAAGAUUGCUGAAGAUAUUAGAGAGGAUGCUACGAAAACUCUUGUCACCUUGCAUCAGCAGGGCGAGCAGAUUACAAGGACUCACAUGAAUGCUGUGAACAUUGAUCAUGACCUCAGUAGAGUAUGUCUCUUUUCCAUUUAUCUUCAUUGUUGUCUUGCCACGUAUGACGGAGCUCUCUGUCAUUUUGGCAUUUUUUUAUACAGACUCUGUUUCAUAGUCAUUCAUUUGCCUAGAUCCAUCAGUGAUCCAUUCUGAACACUUUCUCCAAGUAUAUGCUCAGACUAACAGUCCAUGAUAUCGACCUUAACAAUUGACCUUUCGUUAUACAUUUACAUAUGUAUACAACAUUUUUGUGGCAGGAGCAUCGCAAAGGAUACAUAUUCUUUAGCCAGUGCUUGUUGAAUUCUUCAUGAUAUCACUCAUUGAUUUUUGACCUUUUCUCUUUGGCAUAUUGUUGUCUAAAUAUCUAAGUAAAUUCUUGAUAUGUGUUUUAUUUUUUAUCAAUAUAUGUCUUGUCCCUUAAACCAAACAUUGACCUGACAAAGUGCAGUUUUUUCGCUGUUUUUAACAUGCACUUGUGAUGAAGAGGCAAGAUUUGACAUAAUAAACAAUCCAUUUUCACUCUUUGUCGACGUUCAUUUAUGUCCAAAUUCUAUGCAUGAAUAAUAGGCAGAUCUAAAUCACUUGGGAAAGGAGGACCUUCCCUGAUGUGCCAAUGAUGUUUUUACGUGGAUAGAGGAUUCAGCGUCUGAUGGUAGAUGAAGCAGUGAUCACCGUUUUCGUGAACUGUUGAAUGUAUUUUAAAAAGUUUUUCAUAUGCUCUGUUUCAAUUUGGUUUAGCUUCUUCUGUCAUCUUUUUUUUUUACACUGCAAUGCCUGCGGUAAGUGUGACGCUUUUUUUAUUUACCAUCGUUGUGAUUUGUGAUUGUAACAAAUUGAAAUGGAAAGAAAUCUGAAAGCUUUUCAUUGGAUUUCUGAACAAGGCUGGUGCUAUAGUACUAAUUCUUUUAAAAUUUUCUUUUCAUGGUGAUUGAAUGAUUUUUGUUUUUGUUUUUUUUUGUUUUCCUGAACGUGAUGCUUGAAUGGUUUCUCUUCGAUUUCUGAAGAAGGCUGGUGAUAUAGCCCGAAUUCUUUUAAAAAUUUUAUUUUCAUGAUUAUAGUACUAAUUCUUUAAAAUUUUUCUUUUCAUGAUGAUUGAAUGAUUUUGGUUUUUUGUUUGUUUUUGUUUUCCUGAACGUGAUGCUUGAAUGGUUUCUCUGCGAUUUCUGAAGAAGGCUGGUGAUAUAGCCCGAAUUCUUUUAAAAAUUUUAUUUUCAUGAUUAUAGUACUAAUUCUUUAAAAAUUUUCUUUUCAUGAUGAUUGAAUGAUUUUGGUUUUUUUUUUGUUUUUGUUUUCCUGAACGUGAUGCUUGAAUGGUUUCUCUUCGAUUUCUGAAGAAGGCUUGUGAUAUAGCCCGAAUUCUUUUGAAAAUUUUCUUUUCAUGAUUAUAGUACUAAUUCUUUAAAUUUUUUCUUUUCAUGAUGAUUGAAUGAUUUUUAUUUAUUUAUUUAUUUAUUGUUUUCCUGAACGUGAUGCUUGAAUGGUUUCUCUUCGAUUUCUGAACCUUUAACUACAUAUAUCUCAUACACUGAACCCAAUAUUUCCUUCAAAAUGGUAUGCAUCCAUUUUAGAAAUCUGAUGCCUGUAUAUGAUCUCUCUCUCUCUCUCUCUCUCUCACGUUUAUCUUUUAGGGUGAGAAGCUUUUGGCAAGUCUUGGAGGAUUCUUCUCGAAGACCUGGAAGCCGAAGCGAAGCAGCCACCCGAUUAAGGGCCCUGUGCUCAUGAAUGGUAAUUCCCAUAGGAAGAAGAGAUUCAUGCUUUUAGUAGCUGUGCUCUCACUUGAAGAAGUCCUCGCGUUUUCUGUCAAUUUCUUUCAGAUGAUCCAUUCAAAAGACCAGUCAGCCAUCUAGAGCAGAAGGACAGACUAGAAUGGUCAACUCCCCGCCGGGUGUCCUCCGAACCCAAGUCAACUUUGGAGAGAGUCGAGGUCUGUGAUGUCGGAUGAAUGCAUGUAGAAAGAGAGUCAAUUAUAUUUUUAUGAACCCUAAUUUAUCUGAGUGAGAGCAGGUUGAGAAGGCCAAGCAAGAUGACAAGCUUUCUGACCUGAGCAAUCUCCUGGGUCAACUCAAGGACAUGGCUGUUGACAUGGGGUCCGAGAUCGAAAGGUCAACCCCCUGCUCCUUUGUUGGAAUUUUAUUUUUCCGAAUCCAGGAAAAAAGAAAAAAAAUCGCUGAGGAAAAAAGCGCUCUUAGUUUUCUUGAAUAUUUCCAUAUCUGACAAAAAUUAUACCCUAAUCAUCAGCCACGUCAUCCUGUGAUUGCAGGCAGAACGGGGCUCUGGGCCACCUGCACGAUGACGUGGACGAGAUUAAUCUGCGAGUGAAGGGGGCCAACCUCCGGGCUCGCCGACUCCUCGGCAAAUAA